GGGGGAGUGAAGAAAAAACAGCAGUAGAGGCCUUGGUAUGCCUGCGACAGAUGAACUUGUUUGUACUGGCAGUUGUUGUCUUGCUGCAGUCCAGCCAUGCUGAUGCAUAUUGAGAUACUGACUUUGCUGUUGUUCCCUAGGAUCUUUUCUUUCUCUUCCCCAGACUUGCUGACUUGGACAGUUGCAUGAACCUUGGUUGUUGAAAUGUAAAUUGCCACUUGGAGCUAGAGACGUAGCUAUAUGCACUGUAAAUGAGUUCAAGCUGGGAAAAUUAAACGUUUGUUCUUUCUUUAGCUGCAGGUUUAGAAAAGCAUGUCGGUAAAGUGGUAUUCAAACCAAUUUUCUUCACUUCGUCUUGUAACUGCAAGAUUCCUAAAUGUGAUCUGUGAAAGUGGGUGGGUUGAAAAUGUCAGUUAAGUAAAGUUGAAGCUGGGCAUGAGGAAGCAGAACUGUCUACAUCUUGGUAACGUGUCUUGCAAAACUCGGCUUACGUGAAUGCCUGGAUUACUACUUCUAAAGAAGUGGCUGCCAGUAACUGCCCAUACUGCUGUAAAGUACAGCUUCCAUUGUUAAAACAGUGUUUUGUGCAUACUUGGUGUGACGUGGUGUUUGUGUGGUUUUUAGUUUGUCUUGAUUAUCAAUGAAGUGUGUGCAUGAAAAGCACCCUAGUUAUAGGGUGAACUUUUGCCUUGUAAACUUGUUUUCAGUAUUUGGUUAAAACUAAAUGAGAUGAAACUUGUGUACUGUGGAAAUACUAAGCUCAGGUGUUAGUGGUGAAUUUCCGGACUGUAGCACGAUAAGUUUUGCUGGUUUUCUUUCUGUAAGAAUGUACAGUAGCUCCUUUAAUCUUUCUGCUGACUGUUGUUUCUCGGAAACCAGUUCAUGGUGUGCAGUCAGUGUCUCUCCAGGACUACUGAAGGGGAAAACGCUUCCAUUUUGACUUAAAUUUACUCCAUUUCAUGUGGAAUUUUCUCAGUUUCUCCUAGUAGCCUUUUAGCAAGCUUUCUGGUUAACAGGGCUUCUCAGUAGUCCUUUAUGUAAUGAUAUCAAAACAUGGUGAUAACAAAACGCCCUUCCACUUCUGUAUUUGUGCCUCAAAUUUCUUACGAACGGUAGCAAAACUGAUAACAGGCUUUUGAAGGCGUGGCUGUUAAUUGUCCUGAAGAAUUUGUGGAGUCUAUGGGUGUGAUAGCAUGUGGAAUGCAGGCAUCUGUUUCCUUGCAUCCUGCACCACUGAUACAAUGAGAGAGCUAAUACUGUGAAUGCAACACUGAUUUAGGGAAGAGGUAGGAACUGGGAUUCGGUGGUAUCAGUUUUACUUUAAGGAAAGGUGAAAGAUACUGAUACAGAAACUCCAUAGCUUUCUCAAGACAGAACUCUUGUCAUAAAAGCAGGAUUUAAGUCUGUGAACGUCUCAUACCUGAACUGUAGCACGUGCUGGCUACACUUUUGGUAGUGGUGCCUGUCAUCUAUGCUUCUUUUUGGCCAGUGGCAUUUAGCAUGAAAUAGUUUUUAAAUGUCACUAAGGUCUGAAAAUUCCUUUAUUUAUUUAUUUAUUUAUUUGGUACGUUCCAUCCAUGUUAGCUUGGAAGAAACAAAUUUUAAGUCUUUCAGUCAUGCUUGGUGCACCAAGUCACAUGGCUUUCCAAUGUUUUUCCAUACUUUCCUAAAACAAUGGAGUGUUCUAUUCUCUAAGUGUUCUCUUUAGGUUUUCUGCAUUGUUUCUGUAUUUCUGAAAACUAUCUGUGUUUGGUUAGGCUGCAAAUGGGUUUCCUCCAUUGGAAGUUGGAACUGGUGAGGCAGUGUAUGUGUCUGGACCACAGAGAGAUUGCUGGGGAAAUUCUCUAAUUGCUUCUGUUGCAAGCACUUCCCAAACAACUUAUGGGAAGAAAACAGCGCGUGGAGGACUGAAAUCUGGAGCAGCUACUUGCUGUCUGUCGUAGGCAGUACUUGUUAUGCAGUCAGUCCUCUGAAACUUGGGUGGGUGGGCGCAUGCUUUGUCUCUACAGCUUUAGCUUUCGUAUAAGAGCUUCCUCUCUGUUUUUCUGUACGUGGUUUAUCUGCAGAGGUGGGUUACUUACAAUGCUCUGAAAAGCCUCAGUUCUCUGAAGUGUUUGAGGAACAACUGCAAUUCAACCUUAUCUCUCCAGUGUACGACGCUGUGUUAUAGAAGAUGCACUAUUACCGAUAUUCUAAUGCAGAAGUCAGCUGUUGGUACAAAUAUCUGCUCUUCAGCUACAACAUUGUCUUCUGGCUAGCUGGCAUGGCAUUCCUUGCAGCUGGACUGUGGGCAUGGAGUGAAAAGGGCGUGUUAUCUGACCUGACAAAGGUGACUGGUCUUCAUGGUCUUGAUCCAGUCGUGCUUGUCUUAGUCGUGGGCAUCGUGAUGUUUACUUUGGGAUUUGCUGGUUGUGUGGGAGCUCUGAGAGAAAACAUCUGCCUUCUGAAGUUUUUCUGUGGAACAAUUGUGCUCAUAUUUCUGUUGGAGGUGGCAGUGGCAGUUCUGGCUGUCUUGUUCCAGGACUGGGUGAGGGACAAAGUCAAGGAGUUCUUUGAGAAUAACAUUAAGUCCUACCGAGAUGAUAUUGACCUCCAGAACCUCAUUGAUUCACUACAGAAAAUUAACCAUUGCUGUGGUGCACAAGGUCCCGAUGACUGGGAUUUCAACAUAUACUUUAACUGCAGCAGUGAAAGCAAAAGUCGUGAGAAAUGUGGUGUUCCAUUCUCCUGUUGUGUACCCGAUCCUGCUCAAAAAGUUGUGAAUACACAGUGUGGCUAUGAUGUCAGAAAAAAGAGCAAGAGUCACUGGGAUGAUCAGAUUUUCAUCAAAGGUUGUAUUGUUGCUCUGGAAGCUUGGUUGCCCCGAAAUAUCUACGUUGUUGCAGGUGUCUUCAUAGCUAUCUCACUGCUACAGAUUUUUGGAAUUUUCCUAGCCAGGACAUUGAUUUCUGAUAUUGAAGCUGUAAAGGCAGGCAAUGCCUUCUGAAUAUAAAAUUGAACACGUGUUGCAAAAAGUGUAUCUUAGUAUUCUUGAUCAGACACGGAAGUGGAAAGAGAUGCGCAGACCAUGAAAUACUCCUGGUAUUGAAAGCCUUAUGUGGAUCUUACCUGCUCGUGGGUUUUGCUACAAGCUGGUACAAAAAAGAAUCUCCAGCGCAUUUGUCUGCCUUAUUUCUAAUGAGACAACUCAGUGCAUCAGAAUUGAUCUCUGGUGAGGAAGAAAUGGAGUUUCCCAAGUUGGCAGAACUUAUUUAAAACUUGUAGGAAGGAGAAAUGAAACUGCUUGAAGCUCCUUCCAUGAAGAUUGUUCUGAUUUUACUCUGAACUGUCAUCGCUUUCAGUGUUGUAAUCUCUUCAGAAGGCCUGCUGAUCUCUUAAGAAUAUUGAAAGUGUUUUAAUCUCUACGGUAGACUCAUGCAGUCAGCUGGGCAAGAUGACCAAUGACCAUAAUCAUCGGGCUAUUGGAAAUGGAAGAAAAUGUCACAAAUUUUCUAGUUCUUCUGUUCUCAGUUGUGCAGAAAUCGGAGAUGUUUCUAUUUGACUGGGAACGAUGUAGAAGUGUCAGAAGCAGAAACUUGUGCUCAGCAUCGGAUAGCUUGAGUAACCCAAGCAGUUAUGAAAAUGCAUGAGGGGAAAAGUCUGACUCUAUAGCAUUAUAUGUUAGCAAUCUCCAUUUCAGGCAAGGGAAUGUGAAUCCCUAAUGCUGUUUCCUGUCUGGAAAAAAUGUAAAUAGUCUUUAUUUAUAGAAAAAGAAAAAAAGCUCUUUAAAAAUGUGUAGCUUUUUAUUGUUCAGUGCUAUUUUUUAAGAAGUGCUGCCCACAGAAAUUUGGAAGUGCAGUUUGUUGCAGUAGUUAGCAAGCGUGCUAAUGCUAGCUUUGGACUUCUUUUCCUUUCCACUGGUUUCUUUGAUAUUUGCUAUGCUGAUCAUUACAAGCCCUAAUUGCUAGUAUGAAAGUUGAUGAAAACAUUCAGAUUCAGCACUGCUGAAUUCAGAUUAAUCACUACUGAAGUCUGUUUUUUUUAAUCAGAAAGUAUGCAUUUAGUAGAACACUAGCUUUUGAAUUUUUUUAUUCAUCUUCUAUCACGUUAGUAAAUCAUCAGUUCUGUUUGUAUUCUAAUACAUGGUUCAAAUGCCAAUCACAGUGUGCUGACGAGAACCAUUUCUUCGCAAUCUCUUCUUAUGAUAUCAAACUAAAGUACUUCUGCUGAAGUAACUUCUGUGGGUUUUUAUUGUUUUGACUUUUACCAGAAGAAAACUGAACUCUUCUUCCCAUCCUUUUUUCCUGGUGGUUGAUCUGAAGUUCAGUAAGAUGUCCAGUCUUUUCAGAAAGUCUUUGGAUAAGGACUGCAGUUGCCCCAAAAGCGCGGCCAUGCCUGGCAUACUAUUUUUAUCUGUCAAAGAUGGAUGUAUAUGGAUGAAAACUUCUAGGGAGCAGUAGUUGGUUUUACGGUAGGCUGUGUAACUAACAUUAUUUACUGCUUCCAGUGGCACCCAUUUUUUCAGGGAGAGCGGGUUGUUUUGCUGUUUUUUUUACAGUGCCUGAGAGUGUAAAUUUUAGAGAAGUAUCUAUUUUUCUAAUGAUAUUUUACUACAUGUAGUCUGUGUGAAGGACUUGAUAGUUGUAUUUCCAAAGUAUAUGGCCUUCUUAGGAAACCAAACUCCUGAAUCCUACAUUUCCAUUUUUGUAUUAUGCAUGUAUUAAUGAACGUUUCACUGGCAGAAGCUGACUUGCAGUAAGAAUCUUUGUGUUGAUUGUUCUGAUGUUCUUCUAGCUCUUUAGCCUGUGAAACACUCCACAGGCAAUGCUAUACUUCUCGUGUAUAUUUCAGUGCAGCUUUGGUAGUUCUUUUUCUAGCCAGUGAUUGAGACAGAAGAGGAAAAGGAAGCUUGUCUAAAAAUCGCUGAUUUCCUUAGAACAGAGAACGAUCCGCCAUUAUUUGUCUGGAAAACCUGAAAGUAGAAUCUACAGAAGUGCACUGUACUGCUUUUUUUAGCUUCGUUAUGCAUCAAGGGAAAAAUAUCAGUAGAUCAAUGAAGGGAGUGCAAGAUGUAUUUCUUCUGCAGAGCCUUGAAUUUGUGGUCUGCAUUGCCUAUUUGUUGAAUGUAGUUUGUUAAGAGCAGCCAAAUGAUUGCUACUUUGCAAACAACAAAGCAGUGUUUGGUAACCUUUGCUUUUAACUCUGGUGCUCGGAACUAUUACAACACCUCGUCAACCAGCUUGCUCUGUUCCAUGUAAUAAUCUGAUGUAUAUAAAAUUGGAGAAGGAUACUGACUAUUGUGACUUUCUGUUUGUAAAACAUCAUGUUGAAAAUUGAAUCCUGGGAGUACAUUUCACUUUGCCAUUUUUUUUGACACAAAGCACGUAGUGCUGGGAAGUUGUUUCAAGAGUUGGUGAAAAUCAUCGUGGCUUCAGUGAGGUCAGUAUGGAGUUCAUGCACUGAAGUUAGCUGCCACCAAGGGCCUGUACCAUCGAUCAGAAUUUCACUGUUUGUGGAUCGUGCCAAGAUGUCUGAAGACAAAUGAAUACUUGGCUUCUUUUGGUUCCUUGGUGUUAUGGUUUGUAUGCAAAGCAGAAUUUAAUCAGUGUUGUCUUUACACAGUUUGUUCUUACUGGCCUUGGCCAUGUUAACACCAGCUUUGUAUUAAUACUCUUCAGAAUCUUUUGGAACUGAGUUCAGGAGAACAAGCUCAACCUAUCUGAUGCUCUUGACACUCAUGGACAUUUCUGUUUUAACCGUGGAUAAACUUCUCUGCGUUUAUUGAGUAAAAUUUUUAAAAUCCUGUGGCUGUAGGCUGUUUUACCUCUAAGCAUUUUAAAGUACACCCUUGGUGGUGGUACAUGUGGCUACUGUAAUUUCAGAUUUGGAAUACUUUCUUACCGUUUUGUACUUAAAGUUUUAUUUAGCACCUUUUGUAUGGACCCACAGUGACUUAAUGCCUAAAAAUUGAGCUUAUGGUUUAAACAAGUCUUGUCAGAAUAAGCAGUUGGGUGUGAGCCUGCUCUAAAGCCCCGAAGGAGAAGCAAAUCAACAGUUUUGCAAGGAGAGGUUUGAUAAAUUGUUGAUGUUGAGAUUUUAUUGGUUGCAUUCGGAACAACUCCGCAAACACUACGACAAAAACAAGGUAUUUAAUGAAGAUAUCAAAUAUGAGAUCAGACUUGAAUAACUGGACUGAGCGAAGGGAACUUUUCAACGGGUGAUCAUUUUUAUUUAACAGAAGUGAGCACAAUAUAUUUCUGUGAAGCAAUGUAUUUAUUUCUCAAUUUGUUCUGACAAUGCAACUGCUCUUGUUUCUUAUGUGUGUUUGGACACGGUUUGUAUACAAAAAGGAGGGUGAAUACCAGCACAGAUAAGAGUGCAGUGACCAAAGGAGCUUGAGUAGCCUCUUAAAAGUCAGAAUAUUACUUCCCAAGGGGUCUUUAUUUCUGUUGACUCUUGUACAGUCCCAUGUGGAUAGAUUUGUACCUCAAGUACAUUGAAGUUCAUAUGGCAAUUGGUUUAUAUAUAGCAUUGCCUUGCUUUUUUGUCUCUCCAUUCAAUCCUUUCCUCUUCCUUACCAUACUGCCUGUGGGUUUUCAUGCAGCUUGAAUGUUUAUCCUGUGUAAGGGGAGGUUCUGUCUCUUCUGAGAUAGCUUUUGAGUGACUUUUGGUAUAUAUAUAUAUAUUUUUUUUUUCCUCAAGCCUUACAUUUGAUUAAAUAAAAUAAAUGUUUUGUACUGCU